AUGAGAGUUGCUUGGCUAUCUUCCCGUCAAUCUCAACGCCGUUUUCUCUUAUCUGCCAUUCUGUCCGCAUUCACCGUCUGGUUCCUGCUUCCAUCAAGUCCAAAACAUGAAGAGCAGCCAGCCGAGUUGGCGCGGCAAUACCCCAUGCUUUGGCGGCACGUGCACACGUUCAACGGCACUGGAGGAGCAUGGUACAUUCCGCCCUCUUGGUUAUCGUCGACCGAUGUCCAGCCUGAGACAAUAGUUGAUGCAGCUCUUCUAGCUUCGCAAGCUGCGAAGAGUAACAAGAACCGCUUCAUCGACCAUUCCAACAUUCCGUUACUACUUCAUCAGACCUGGAAAAAUCGGCGAGUUGAAAAAUGGUCGGAUCUGCUUCGCGCCAGUGUGGAGAAAUGGUUACACUACGUAGUGGCCGAUGACAUGGCUUACUUCUUCUGGGAAGACGAUGGCAUUGAACGAAUGCUGGCUGAAUUUGAACCCGACUUUGCUCAUCGCUUUGGAUUCUUGCCUUCGAACGUGGAACGGGCUGAUGUCUUCCGCAUUUUGGUUUUAAAAUGGUUUGGUGGAAUUUACGCAGACGUGGAUACUCGACCGCUUCGUCAGCCUACAUCAUGGGUAUCUUCUUCUGAUCUUGCUCCCUGGUCAGAUUCUGUGACACAAAUGAGAUUUUCUUUCGACAAUCCGGUAAGCAGCAUCCUUGGCAUUGAAGCAGAUUGUGCGCCUCACAAGAGUGAUUAUUGGCGCAUGGGGUAUUCAUACCCUGUGCAGCUCACACAGUGGGCUUUAGCGUCAAGUGCUGGCCACGCCGUUCUUCUACGCUUCAUGGACAACCUUCAACGGAGGAUGGACGGUGUUGCGAGGCGCAAUAGGGGAAAUAUCAACACUCCGGAGGCAAUCAAGGAAUUACGACAAAUUGGGCCUCUGUGCUUGACCGGGCCAGUUGCCGUGACCGUCGCAGUGAAGACAUGGCUAGAGGAGCGAACCGGGUUGCGAUGGAACGCUUUGACGGGGUCAGGAGAUGGCGGCCGAAGCAAGCUGGUGGAAGAUGUCCUGAUUCUACCAAUUACUGGAUUUAGGACGAGGCAGAUACGGCAAUAUGGGCUCGAAGCCGGUCACAGACCCCUCAGCUCGAGUUUGGCACCAGGCGCAAGGAUCGUGGCGCAUCUUCGACCCGAAAGUCGAGUUCGGGAAAGCCUGUCGGACCUUGUUUGGGUUGUGCAAAAACUGGUCGAAGCAGCCCGACUGACUAGGAGUCAAGCGACGAUUGAAGAAGGCGGACGCGUCUUCCACUAUGCAUAA